AUGUACGACACAAGGGGUCACUUUUUGUCCGACGUAGUCACGAGGGGACGAACUGAAGCAUUACUGAUUCCCGUUCGAGAAACGCCGGCUAGAGCGAUAGGUGGUGUAGAAUUAUUGUCGUCUCCUAUCCACCCGAGGAAAAUAUCAAUUGGCGAUCAGCUGCUGUUCGAAGAGCGACCACCACGACCAGGAGAAAUGAUAAAAGAGGCGGUACAAAUGGCUGUUUGGCCGGCUCUACCUAGUUGCAUGAGGACAGAAGUUCGUGGUCCUACGGUAGUGGAAGACUUCUCCAUUGUAGUUUUGACAGUUAAAGACGUUAUGCUUAUGGGCCAGGAAAACACAAUCGGAGUUAAACUCGCGCUAUUAGUGACCUUGGAAUAG